AUGAGCGCAUACUUUAUCACAGGGACUCAGAAGCCGUGGAGCGUUGCGUGGGCUCUCUGGCUUGCAGUUUUCCUCAUUUCUGAUUGGCUUUCUAUCGCUGCCGUCACGAAGGGCACAUGCCCGUCAUCAGUUCCUCGAGAUCGACCCUCUUCCGAUUCUUCUUCGGCAACAUAUUGGACGACAACGAAAGCGCACCCGGACGGCAAAAGGCAAGUGCGGGGGAAAAUAAGUGAAAAACCCAGCAAGACAGGCACUGCUUUUUUUCUCAUAAGCGAAAAGCAAAUGGCAAAUCUCUUUCUAAAAUAA